AUGUCUGCCACUAAAGUUGCUAUUGCCGGUGCUACCGGAAACCUCGGGCCAGCAGUUCUAAAAGAACUAAAGGAAGCCGGGUUCGAGCUCACCGUUCUCACCCGCUCUGCCAAAGAUGCCUUCGGCAGCGAUGUUCGCGUAGCGCAGGUGGACUACAGCUCCAUUGACUCCCUGCAAGCCGCGCUGGAGGGCCAAGACGCCCUGGCGGCGGCGCUGCCGGUGUAUGCCGACAAGGUUGCGGUUCAGAAACGUCUGGAGGAGGUAGCAGCUGCGCCGGGUAACCCGGAAGUCUACGAUGGGGGCGAUCGGAAGUUCAGCGCCACUACGUUGUCGGGGAUUGGUAAGGCCGUCGCGGGGGUGUUGAAGGACCUCGAUUCGACGCGGAACAAGACGGUGUUUGUGCAGAGCGCUAGGAUCACCCAGAAUGAGCUGCUUAGGAUGGCGGGCAAGGAGCAGGUGCCAAAGAAAGAAGUCCGCACGGCAGACCUGGAGAAGAAGGCGUUUGAGGAGCUGCAGAAACCCAAUCCGAACCAUCGGGUUUUUGCCUUGAACCUCUUGAGACGUGCUCUCUUUGGAGAGGGCUAUGGGGGUCUCUUGUCGGAGGAGAACCUCUGGAAUGAUGCGCUGGGGGUGCCAAAGCUGAGCGAAGCGGAGGUCGCAGCGAUUGUGUCGCAGUAUGCAUGA